ACGAGUUACACUCUCGAUGAGCCUUUGAGUUUUAAGAGUCCUUCUCUAAAGCUUCUCAAAACUAAAGAAUGUACACCGUCCACACAAACAGGCAAGAAAGUAAUGGUUUUGAUACCAGUGCGUUUAGGUUUCCCCGUAGUGAAGGAGAAAGAGAGUUCUGUCAAAUGCCGCGGUCACAAUUUGAAGCGCAGACAAAAGUGCUAAACAGAACCAUGUCCAAAGACGCAAAACUUGAUCAUUUGAAAGAAAAGGCUAAAGACAGUGACAAGUCCACGAGGAACAGCAUAGAUGAAGAAGAGAAUGAAGAACCAGAGACCAAAGAUUGCCGAAAUCUGACUGAGACGUUUGUGGCCGUCAUAGCUCAAGGAAUCUUAAGUGUGCCUUCCAAGCGUAUGACCCUUAGCUCAAUUUACAGUUUCAUAGCCAAAACCUUUCCACACUUGGACAAAGAGAAGGGACCAGGCUGGAGAAAUAGCGUCAGACAUAAUCUGUCCAGUAACGACUGCUUUGUGAAGGCGAGCAGAGCCGAAAACGGAAAGGGACAUUACUGGAUGAUUCACCCAAAAGAUCUACCAGAGUUUUCCAAAGGGAAUUUUCGACGACCAAGAAAGCCUCGAAGACCAAGGUGUAGUCAUACCCUGGGAUGUGGAACAGAUCGCAGUAUGCUGGGAUUACCUCUUACUGCCAGCUUAUUUCCCUAUCAUCACAAGCCUUCUCCUAGCCUGGAGCUCGCAAAGCCGCACCCUCCUAAUGAGCCGUUCUCGCACCCGUUUGGAGUCACCCCAAACAGAAGCCCAUUACUGCCAACGUCAAGGUAUGACUACUACUCGCGCGAAGCGGCAGACACCGCGCGCUUUCAAAUGAAUCAGUACCAUGGUUUUUCGACACCUCCCCCGCCUUAUGGACUCUUCAGUUGGCAGGAUAACCCCGCAUUCAGGAACUACAGCCCGCAUUUUCAGUCAUCCUCAUUUCAUCCUUACUUGUAUAUGUCUUCUGUUUCGCAGUCAGAGAAUGGAAUGGGCAUUAAUUACACGUAGAAAAUUCUGACUAGAGAACUAAGUUCUUGGAACAUACCAUUUACUAAUUUCCACAAAGUAAGCAAACAUUCAGAAUAAACCUUUGUUACUGUUGGAGUUCAAGUAAUAGACUCUUGAUUAACUUUCCAGUAGAAAAUCAGACUUGCCAUCGCGAUUGUAAAUAUUUCACAGAUUAUGCAUAGACGCUCGAGUGUCGGUACAUUUAUCACAAGAAUGUUAAACUGACAAACGUAAUUCCGCUCACAAUCACAUAUUUUUUUCUUGAUGAAGAGGUUUUUAGGACGUAAUGUUCAAGAGAUUCAUAGUAAUGUGGAGAAAAAAGAAGCCAACUUAGCAUCAAUUCAAGAGUAAAGCGUCACUUCCUAGAACUAGCUUAUUUGUCAGGCUUUUUUCUUGUAUUAAUGGUCCAUUCGAGUAAAGCAAUUUCAUAGGGCUUGAAAAUUUUCUUUGGAAUGAGUACUUGAAGUAACAAUUAAUAAAACGAAGAACAUUUUUGUAUCAGCAUUACGAAAUCGAGUAGAACCUGAACACAAAACUAAGAUCUUUUGCAAUCGCAUAAUGUACGUAGUAUUUUGUGACUCAUUUGUAUAAACAUGUUAUCACCCUCUACUGAUGCCGUUUGCUCUUCAUCACACUCACUCAAUAACCAUAAGGAGUUUAUAUAAUUCACAUUGUCAAUAGCGCGCUUUUUUUCUUCUGUAAAAUGUCGAUAGAGUGAUCAAUGUGUUUAGCUUUAUAACAGUUUAGUUCUCUAGGCGAUGAUUUGUAUAAAAAUAAACACUUUACC